UCCUCAUAACUUGUUUACUACAGCUAAUCAUCAAACACAGUAGCAUGACCAUAGGCAUCUCUUUAGGAGCUCUGACAAAAACUCAAACAAAACAUUCUCUCAAAACUCUCGACAACCCAUUCUACAAAUCUCUCUCGCAUCUCCAAACCAAUGCAUUGAAUCGUCAAAGUUCAAAGCUUUAUGCAAAAUCUGCUACUUUACCUCAAAUUCCUCACCUGUUUGAGAAAAGUCCUCAACCAGACCUUGCCCAAUACAAUGGCUUGCUUUUUGAGUACUCUCGCAAUAACAACAACAAGGAAGCUUUAAAUCUCUUUCUGGGUAUUCAUAGUUUUGGUUUACCGGUCGAUGCGUCGACGUUUUCCUGUGUUUUCAAGGUCUGUGGAUGCAUGUUUAAUGAGAUAGCUGGAAGACAAGUUCAUUGCCAAUGUUUGAAACUUGGGUUACUUGGGAAUGUAAGUGUAGGUACUUCUCUUGUUGAUAUGUAUAUGAAAACAGAGAAUGUGAAAGAUGGAAGGCGAGUUUUUGAUCAUAUGGGGGAAAGAAAUGUGGUUUCUUGGACUUCAUUGCUUGGAGGCUACGCACAGAAUGGAAUGAAUGAGGAAGUUUUGAAACUUUUUGUAACAAUGCAAAUAGAAGGGAUAAAGCCAAAUGCAUAUACUUUGGCGGCUGUUCUUGGAGCUUUGGCGGAUAAAGGGAUGGUAGAGAAGGGUGUUCAAGUUCAUAGUUUGAUUAUAAAGUUUGGUUUUGAGACAACAAUUUUUGUGUGCAAUUCUUUGAUAAAUAUGUAUCUGAAAUCAGGGAUGGAUGAAGAUGCUAGAGCUGUUUUUGAUGGCAUGGAAACCAAGAAUGCGGUGACAUGGAAUUGUAUGAUUGCUGGUUAUGUGACAAAUGGGCUUGAUUUGGCAGCUUUUGAAACAUUUUACCAUAUGAGGCUUGCCGGUGUUAAGCUUACUAGGAUGGCUUUUGCUCCUCUUAUAAAGUUAUGUGCUAACCAUAAGGAAUUGAGUUUUGCUAGGCAGCUUCAUUGUCGGAUUUUGAAAGAUGAUUUUGCUUUUGACCCUAAAAUUAAGACUGCACUCAUGGUGGCUUACAGCAAGUGUAGCGAAAUGGAUGAUGCAUUUAAGCUGUUCUCAGCGAUGCAUGAAGCUCAAAAUGUUGUAUCUUGGACGGCUAUGAUCAGUGGGCACCUGCAGAAUGGUGGAAUAGAACAGGCAGCUAACCUUUUUAGCUUAAUGAACAAGGAAGGUGUUAGACCAAACCAUUUUACUUAUUCUACCAUCCUUGCAGCUCAACCUGCUGUUUCUCCUUUCCAAAUACAUGCGCAAGUAAUCAAAGCUAAUUAUGACAAGUCGCCUACUGUUGGAACUGCUAUUUUAGAUGCUUAUGUUAAGUUGGGAAAUAUUGAGGAAGCAGCAAAAGUUUUUGAACUAAUUGAUGAGAGGGACAUUGUGGCAUGGUCAGCAAUGUUAGCUGGUUAUGCUCAAAUAGGGGACUCUGAGGGAGCUAGCAAAAUAUUUAUCCAGCUGGCAAAGGAGGGGAUUAAACCUAAUGAGUUUACCUUUUCCAGUGUCUUAAAUGCCUGUGCGGCACCUACAGCACCAUUAGGACAGGGAAAGCAGUUUCAUGCAUGGGCAAUUAAAUCGAAAUUAAGUGAAGCUUUAUGUGUAAGUAGUGCUCUUGUUACCAUGUAUGCUAAGAGAGGGAAUAUAGAUAAUGCAUAUCAAGUUUUUAAGAGGCAGCCGGAAAGAGACCCUGUGUCAUGGAAUUCAAUGAUCUCAGGUUAUGCACAGCAUGGUCAUGCAAAUAAAGCUCUUAUCGUAUUUGAAGAAAUGCAAAGACAAAACGUGGAAAUGGAUUAUAUAACAUUUAUUGGUGUCAUUUCUGCCUGUACUCAUUCUGGAUUAGUGGAUGAAGGUGAAAAGUACUUCAACAUGAUGGUAAAAAACCACAUGUCACCAACAAUGGAGCUCUACUCUUGCAUGGUCGAUCUAUAUAGCCGAGCUGGAUUGCUUGACAAGGCCAUGGAUAUCAUAAACAGAAUGCCAUUCCCUGCUGGUGCGACUGUGUGGCGAACUCUCUUGUCUGCCUGUCGCGUUCAUCACAAUUUAGAGCUGGGAAAACUUGCUGCAGAACAGCUUAUUUCACUUCAGCCACAAGACUCAGCUGCAUAUGUUCUGCUUUCCAAUAUUUAUGCUGCAACAGGAAAUUGGCAAGAAAGAACAAAAGUAAGGAAAUUGAUGGAGAAGAGAAAAGUGAGAAAGGAGCCUGGCUACAGCUGGAUUGAAGUUAAGAACAAGACUCACUCGUUCUUGGCUGGAGACCUUUCUCAUCCCAUGUCAGAUCAUAUAUAUUCAAAACUUGAUGAGUUAAAAACUCGACUAAAGGACAUGGGGUAUCAGCCUGAUACUAAUUAUGUACUUCAAGAUAUUGACGAUGAACACAAAGAAACCAUUCUUUCUCAACACAGUGAGAGAUUGGCAAUUGCUUUUGGGUUGCUCGUCACUCCUCCUGGAACAGCUCUUCAGAUUGUUAAAAACCUUAGAGUGUGUGGAGACUGUCACACUGUUAUUAAGUUAAUAUCACUUAUUGAAGGAAGAGAAAUAGUCGUCAGGGAUACAAAUCGGUUCCACCACUUCCAAGCAGGUAGCUGUUCUUGUGGUGACUACUGGUAACAAUUGAUCAACAAAGCCUGAAGCGUCCAAAGGGUUACUCCUGUCAUCUAGGUGCAAGGUGCAGGAAAAUAGUUGAAAACUCAUGUUCUAAGCAUGACAAUUUGAUCCUAUUUUUGUGCUUGGGCCAAAAAUUUGAAUCCUAUUACAUACCAAUCGUUCAUGGUGGAAUAAGGAUUACCAAGCAAUAGGCACAUUUAUCAGAGAGGCAAGUGAUAGUUGCAUGUGUUUCUGACUUUGCUGUCAAUAUAUCCUUUGAUGAGACUUUAUGGCUGCUGGACUCCAUGAAGUUUGGGUAGAUUUUAUGAUUGCAGCAACUGCAGAAAUAUGAGGACAAGACAUGGAGGUUCC